AUGGUGCAGCGUCUUACCUACCGGCGGAGGCACUCCUACCACACCAAGAGCAACCGUCAGCGCAUCGUGAAGACGCCCGGCGGCAAGCUCGUCUAUCAGCGCCAGGUGAAGCCCGCUUCCUUCCCGGUCUGCCCCAUCUCCGGCCAGCGCCUGAACGGGCUGCCUGCCGUGCGCCCUCGUGAGCUUUCUCGCCUGAACAAGAGCAAGAAGACCGUGCAGCGUGCUUAUGGCGGUCACCUGGCCGCUGGCGUCGUGAGGGAGCGCAUCAUUCGCGCCUUCCUGGUGGAGGAGCAGAAGAUCGUGAAGAAGGUGCUGAAGCUGCAGAAGGCCAAGGAGGCCGCUGCCGUCAAGAAGGAGAGCGCCGGCAAGGGUGGCAGGAAGAAGAAGUGA